AGGCAAUCCUUUCCUCUCAUACCAACUUCUCUUUCGAUACCAGCGCAAGGUGCACUGGAAGUAUUCAGAUCAGUCGUCUGGAGUGUCUCAGCCUCUUCAUCAGUCUGGUUGAUUUAUCAGACACGAUGCAGUCUCUGAUCAUCGGCGGUGACAAAGGCUCCGGCUCGAAUCCUCUGAAGCAAGUCGCUCAGAAAGAGACGGUGGAUACCUCACUGUUCAGAGAUCGCUUUGUAUCGAAGCCCGGUGCGGCAAUAUCACGCCCAGUUCCAGGACAAUCUGGCCAGUCAUCCGUACCUCAGCGCCAAGCUUUCAACCUCUCCACGCUGUCUUCUGCCCUAUCAGGACCCAGCUACACUCCUCAGGGCUCCAUCUCGCAUCACGAAAAUGCGCAUUUCGACUCUUCGUGGUCCUCGUCGCGACAGCUCCGUAGCAAUGGUCAAAGCCUAGCUGCACCCGGUCCUGUCUUUGCAUCUGAACGUGCUCGUAUGGGCACAGGCCCGUCCGGACAAUCAGACUGGGCUCAGGCGUUCUCGAACGACAGUAAAGGCAAAGCACGUGCUCAAGAGGUGCAUUAUCAUUCCUCCCGCCAAGGUUACUCUGCGCCUUCUUUCCAGCCAUAUCGACCUCAAAUAGGCUACCAACCCAUGCCCCUGUCGUUGGCCGGACAAUUGCCGCAACUGGAUCAAUCAUAUGGCUCUGCAUUCCAACAGCGAUCUAUAGAAGAUCAAAAAGCCAUGGAAGAUGCUUUCGAGAGGGCUCUAGAAGAUGCCAGACAUAGCGAGGCCGUGAAUGAGAAUCAGACGGAAGAAGAUGUCCAAGAGAUGGUGCGGGACAAGGAAGAUGAAGAGAAAGGGGAUUUCGAGGCUGUCUGGCAGAGCCUGAGGCCAGAAGCUGAGAGGCUGAAUAAAUUGGCCGAGUGGGAGAAGGAAUACUCACAGUUCGUCGAUGGCGAAGACGAUCUUUUCGAAACGCUCAAUCACAGUCUACAUCAUAAUGACUUUGAUGGGACUGACUUUGAUGCCGAGCGGUUCAGUUCGGGUCCCUUUGGGCCAGGCUUUGUUGAUGACAUGAGCGCGGACGAUGGAAUACCUAGGCAUAGGGAGUACGACUUUGCUCCGAACGAAGAGACACAACUUUCAAAUGUCGCCGAGGCCUGGCAUGAAGCAAAACGACUGUUGUCUGUCGGAGGAUCCUUGUCAGAAGCAACGACUCUGCUAGAGAGUUUCAUACAUCGAGCUUCUGCCGAGGACUAUGCCGAGGUGAACGCAUCUGUGGUCGAAGCGUGGUCAUUGCUGGGCCGAACUCACGCCAUGAACGAGAAGGAGGAAAAGGCACUAUCCGCAUUUGAAGAAGCACGGCGGGCGAUUGAAAGCGCAGACCUCAAUUCUGUGCGAGGCAUCGGCGAGACUUAUACUAACCUAGCCAUAUCCUAUGUCAAUGAGAAUCUAGACUUGGCCGCAUUGACGACGUUACACCAAUACCUUUCCACUUCCUUUCCCGCUCAAGCAGGACCAGCUCCUAAGCGAUCAGCUGUACCUGAUGAUGGAUCUCCGUGGUUCCUUCACCAUCAAGUCCUUGAUGCGUACCUGUCUCUCGCGCGAGAGCAAUUCACGAGGGAAGGCCAGGUGGAGGCCAAUGUUCAAGUCGGCCUCGGAACACUCUACUACAUGAUGGGGCAGUAUGGAGAGGCUAGAAACUGCUGGGUUGCAGCUCUGGAGGAACGUCCUGAUGAUUACCUUCUGUGGAAUCGACUCGGAGCGACACUCGCCAAUGGCGGCAACUCAGAGGAAGCUGUCGAUGCAUACCGUCGAGCACUGGAAUUGCGACCCACAUUCACUCGAGCGAUAUUCAAUCUCGGUGUUGCGUGUCUCAAUAUUGGCGUCCACAAAGAAGCCGCUGAGCACUUUUUGGCGGCCUUAGCCCUUCACGGAGAUGGGUCCGCAGCUGAAGGCAGUGAAGGUGCAGACUCCAUGGGCCUGUGGAUGGUGCUGAGAAGGGCACUGAUAGCCAUGCACCUGGAUGAUCUAGCGGGCAAGGCUCUGCCGGGGACCAGCUUGAGGUUGUUCAAAGAGGCGGGCUUUGAGUUUUGAGGCUAGCCUGGUCAGGACGUGAUGAUGAUGAUGAUGCCAUCUGUCUGCGUACCGUACCUGCUCCUCAUCACGCAUGCAUAUCUCUACCAUAUCCGUUGGAUGAAAUAGACUUCGCACGUGUGCCCCCCUCCCCCAUGGGUGUAUUAUCCCAGAAUUCCCACAAAAAGCACCCUAAUAAGCCAAUUCCUAAUCCAGGGCGCGGCGGCGACAUGCGUUUUGAUUUUGAAGGAUUGAG